AGAAUCUGUCACGAGGGAGGACGUUGAACUGAGACUUUCCCCCGGCUCUAUUGAAGAAAAAGUACCAGACAUCCUCAGUUUUCAAAAAGACGACUCGUUAGCGAGACGAAAGGAGGCAGUAUUUUACUUAACAAAAUUAUUUGAAAAACCGUCUUUACGCACGAAGAGGGAAAAGGCUCUGCAGCCAUGUCCGUGAACAUCCACAUAAACAGCCCCAAUGUGAGGUACACUGAUAAGCAUAUUGUGGCUAAAUAUUUCUACCAGACCACAUCUGUGCAUCAAGAGGGAAAUACAGUUACGGUAACUCCCCGAGACACUGAGAUGACAUUACGCACCGAGCGGCGUGUGCCGCAGGUGGGUGUGAUGCUGGUGGGCUGGGGAGGCAACAACGGGACCACCGUCACAGCUGCUGUACUGGCUAACAAGCUGGGUCUCACCUGGAGGACCAAAACUGGGGAGAAGAAAGCAAAUUACUACGGCUCCCUCCUGCAGUCAUCCACUGUCUGUCUGGGGUCAGGGCUAGAGGGCGAAGUCAACAUACCUUUUCGUGACCUCCUGCCCAUGGUCCACCCUAAUGAUAUCAUCUUUGACGGUUGGGACAUCUCCUCAAUGGAUCUGGGCAGUGCCAUGGAGCGGGCCCAGGUGCUGGACUGGUCUCUGCAAGAGCAGCUGCGACCACACAUGAGCUGCCUAAAACCAAAACCAUCCAUUUACAUCCCAGAAUUCAUUGCUGCAAACCAAGAGAGCAGAGCGGACAACAUCCUCACUGGGACCAUGGCAGAGCAGAUGGAGCAGAUCAGAGCUGAUAUAAAGGACUUCCGUCAGUCCAGCGGUGUGGACAAAGUCAUUAUUUUGUGGACAGCCAAUACUGAGCGCUUCUGUGAUAUCAUACCAGGGGUUAAUGACACAGCCCAGAACCUGCUGGCUGCAAUCCAGGCUGGAGCAGAGGUUUCUCCCUCCACUUUGUUUGCAGUGGCUAGUAUACUAGAGGGCUGCGCCUACAUCAAUGGCUCCCCACAGAACACCUUCGUCCCAGGGGCCGUGGAGCUAGCUAUGCAGAGAGGCGUGUUCAUUGGUGGUGAUGACUUCAAGUCAGGUCAGACAAAAAUCAAAUCAGUGCUGGUGGACUUCUUAGUCAGCGCAGGUAUCAAGCCAACAUCCAUUGUCAGCUACAAUCACCUUGGCAAUAAUGAUGGGAAAAACCUAUCAGCCCCGCAGCAGUUCCGCUCCAAAGAGAUCUCCAAGAGCAAUGUGGUGGAUGAUAUGGUCCAGUCCAACCCCCUACUGUACCAGCCCGGAGAGAAACCUGACCAUUGUGUGGUGAUCAAGUACGUCCCAUAUGUGGGAGACAGCAAACGGGCCAUGGACGAGUACACAUCUGAAAUAAUGAUGGGAGGGAUAAACACUAUUGCACUGCACAACACUUGUGAGGAUUCUCUACUGGCAAGCCCAAUCAUUCUUGACCUGGUAAUCCUGACGGAGCUUUGUCAGCGUGUCACCAUUAAACCCCAAGGAGAGGAUGACUUCCAGUCUUUCCACAGCGUCCUAUCUUUGCUCUCCUUCCUCUGCAAAGCCCCGCUAGUCCCAUCAGGAACUCCUGUUGUCAAUGCCUUCUUUCGCCAGAGAGCCUGUAUAGAAAACAUCAUGAGAGCGUGCCUUGGUCUUCCGCCUCAAAACUACAUGCUGCUGGAGCACAAGCUGCAGAGGAACUUCCUGCCUCCACACGGUGAUGUGGCCAUAUUGGAAAAGGCUGCUCUUACAAAUGGGAAACAUAUACCUGUACCCCUGACAAAUGGCGUGUAUGCACAUGAUACAGCCUGUGCGCUAUGAACACUGAAGCCAGAAACUGCUUAAAUCUAAAAAUGACUGCAAGCCAAACAAAGACCCGCAGUGACAAAACUUCCACUGUCAAAAACAGAAAUUUGCAAAGCCAACUUAAUGUUGAAAUCUAUUUGAAGAAUAUGUUAAAGUCUCUGUGUAAUUUAACAAAUGACUAUUUUUUUUAUACUGUAUGUUCGAAGUGAUCAGUUUCCUUUCUAUACUUGUUUCAAAUCAGCUAGUUUUCUAGUUGUACACUGAACUGUAAAUGUAAAACAGAGCAAUGUUUAUGAGCAGAUGUUCAUGAUGCUGUGAGGAUGGAUCUAAUAACUGCUUUUUAUCAUUAACAGAAAACUUGCCUCAGUGAAUCAGGGGCAUUGUAAGCCCAUGUGUUAUGUAUUGUUUACAACUUCUUUGUAGCCACCCAGACUCCAUUUUGUGCAAAUGAACAUUUUGUGUACAAUCAACCCUCAACAUUUGUACUGUCAGUGUAAUCUUGUGUAAGGCCACUUUGUGCUACUACACUAUCUCUGACCUGUUGGGGCAUGUGGUGGCUUCCGUCUUGAUUAUGGUAAUGGAUUAUUGAGAUACUGUUUAAAUAAAAUCAUGGUUGAACACAAAUAAGAACAUAAUUUCAGACAAUAUAUUAGCGAAAAAACAAAGGCAUGAAUGAAAAUAAAGGCAUAAACAUUAAAGGCAUUGCUUGCCUGGUUUGGGUCAUACAAUGUAACAGAGUAGUACUGAAUACUUAAAAGUUGUCUCAUCUACAAUAUUGCAUAUUGUCUAAAAAAAUGUUUUUUUGCACCGAUAUUGAAACAGAUUCAAUUGAUAAGCUAUUACAUGUACAGGCCUAUGCUCUUUGGUAGCAUGAUGACAGGUGGAAAAAGGUGGAAAAGAUAUAAGUCCCACUUCCAAUGAAGUGGGAACUUUGUGCAAAAUGUAA